AUGAGUUAUUUCGUGGUACCUUCUGUAUCCUAUCAGACACAACAGAAGCUAGAGAAACAACAAAAGGAAAAAGAAAGACGUGCCAAAAGAAAGAAGAAACAUGGAAGUAGUGGAAGUGAAAGCACAAGAAGUUCGACAGGUUCGAAGCAUAGUCAUGACACUAUUGGUGAAUUGCCAGAUAAUGAUGAUAAUAAAUCAAUCAUUUCCACCACCUCAACCCUUAGCAAGCACUCAACUCACCCUGGAACCUCUAGAUCAAGCUCCAACUUUAAACCUUUAACUCAAUUAAAAGAAACUCAACCUGUCGAACAACAAACAUCCUCCCCACAAAAUCAACAAGAAUCUUUCAGUUCUCCGAAUUUGUCUAAAAAGUCAUCUGAUUCUCCCGUUUUUAAACAAGAGUAUACUAGACAACCAGAUUUUGAAGAAUCAGCUCAAGUUGAUCCUGUUGAACAACACGUCCCACGGGAGAGGAGCCAAGAGAUAAACGAGCAGGCCACUAUCAUUGCAUCUAGGUAUGGAGAAGCACUAAAGACAGGCGGUCUGAAUAGAAGUGUCGCUACUCCUACCGCUACGGCAUUUUCAAAAUCAUCCCCAGUUAACAGACGGAGAUCUGGUUCAGUGAUAUCAAGUGGCUCGGUUCCAUCUGGUCAUCACAUUCAAAAUCAAGUGUUUCAGAGAAAUGCGUCGAUUUCUUCUGGGUUAAGUCAAACGUCACAGAAUUCCGGGACUCACUCAACGAAGGAUAGUCUUUCAUUUAGAAAAUUAUCAUUUCUUGGAAGUUCAAGUAAAAGAAGAGGAAGUCUAGCAUCCCUGCCCGGUACAUCAGGAUCCCCAGGAUCAUCAGGUAAACAAGAAGGGUAUUUCCCGGAAUACCCUAGUAAUACAAGUUCGCCGGGACCAGUUUCUGCACCAUCAACUCAACAACACACAGGAGGUAUCAAUUUCCGCACACCUACUCCAACACCACCGCCGCCAAUGAAAACACUCCCUCCAUUCAAAGCAAAUAUAGAUUUAACCGUGUACAACAACCGAGACGCUCUUGAACGGAACUUUGUUGCACCGAAUUACCAAGUUUUCCGUUAUAACAGUUUCUUGGAUUUGUUGAAUGAAUGUGAAAGUGCUGAUGCUAUCAGUAUUUCCAGUAUUAGAUUUCAUUUGCUUAUGAAAUUUAUUUCCAAACAGAAAAAUGCCAAAGAGUUUCUUAGUCAAGGUAACAAACUUUCGUUUGGUUCCUCAUAUGGGCUCAUGAUGGCAGAUAGUGUUCUUGCCUACCAUUUGUAUGGUCCAAUGAGAAGCGUUCUACGAGAAUUGAUAAAAAUUCGUUCAAACAAUCAGGCAUGGCGUAAUCAUGAAGAAUUGGUUCAAUGCAACUUUAUUAACUUUGUACGAUAUGUGGCAGCAUUACCCGAUAAUGUCAAUGUCGCUGAAUUAAACGAUAUCGAAAAGAAAAUCUACAAAUUCAAGGAAGUGUUUAGUCAAACAGCAAACGCGAUGUAUCUAUUGAAGAAAGAACAGUCCCCAGAUUCCAAUAGUGCUGAUAUUGUCCAAUACCGUAUCAAAUUAUUGAUUGAAGCUAUCACCAAAGUAGCCUAUGAAUAUUUGUUGUUAGAAAAGUACAGAUUGGAUAUCACGACCAAAUAUCACAAUAAUCAUUUGAUUGAUAAGAGAAUCUUGAAAAAAUUAUUCUACCGAUAUGAAACAAAUGUCAGAUCCAAAAAUCUGGACAAUGUCAAGGUGUUGCUUUUCAAUUCAUCCAAUCUGAUACAAUAUGCAUGGUACAUGUCUUUGAGUAUGCCAUUUUUAAGAGUGAUUGAAACUCAUGUCUAUACGGAAGAUAGAAAUUUGAUUGAAAACUUGGAUCAGUAUCGUAAUGUGGAAUUGGCUACUCCGAAAUUGGAUUUUACCGAAUCUGAUCAAGAAUUGUUUGAUACUUAUAUGAAAAAGCUCGCAUUUAAAUCAUAUGGUGAGUUUGAGAAAACAAGUAUGGAUAAAUUAGUCAAGCUUCACCGCUCCAUUGAUAAUCAAUCUCCAAAAUAUGCAAAGAUUAAUCGUCAUGAAAUGCCUGAUCCUGCAACAAAUUUUUCAUUCAAACCCAAUGAAUUUUGA